GCGCCAUUCAGCUUGUUUGGCUUGGGCUCGUUGCUUGAGCGGCCGCGGGAUGAACCGGUGAGCGGUUGUACAAAAUUAUUCAAUUUUUUUUACCUUCAUUCGUAUCGACUGUAACUUUAGUCCAAAUCAACAAAACAACAUGCUAAAUUGCGAAGGUGUGUCGCAGGGCAAAGUCAAGUCCAUCCUCUCAAACUAUGAGCAGUCCGUGGCAGCAGUACGGGCCUCCGUGCUGGUGUAUGAUGACCACAACAAGAAGUGGGUCCCAAGCGGGUCCUCAAGCGGUCUCUCAAGAGUGCACAUUUAUCAGCACACAGUCAACGGCACAUUCCGAGUUGUGGGACGAAAACUUCAGGACCAUGAGGUAGUCAUCAACUGCUCGAUUCUCAAGGGCCUGAAGUACAGCCAGGCAACCGCAACCUUUCACCAAUGGCGAGACAACCGCACUGUUUACGGCCUGAAUUUCAGCAGCACGGACGACGCAGACACAUUUGCGGCGGCCAUGCUCAGGGCCAUCGAGAUGCUCAACCACAACAGUUCCCAGAGUGCUCGGCCCGCGCCUCCACCGCCCGUGCCUCAACACCAAGUGCAGCCCAUCUACCAAACGAUCGGAAGCGUCACAUCGUCCCAAGAUGAAAUGCCAGACCACCAGAGAGGCUGGCAAACGCCACAGUCUCAGCAGCAACACUAUAUGAGCACAAACGCCGUAGUGGGCAACAUGAGCCACCCGGCAUCUCCGGCCUGCGCUCCGCCUGCCCCACCUCAGCCUCCUCCACAACCCCCCGUAGCCAUGGGCCACCAUAGGACUUCGUCGGCACCAAGCAACAACCUAGCACAGCAACAGCCCGUCGCGUCCUCUUCUGUUCCUCAAUCUGUGUCCGCACCACCAGCACCUCCCCCACCUCCCGCACCCACAAGCAUGGGUGGCGGACCACCCCCGCCACCCCCUCCCAUGCCCCCCAGUGGAGGAGCAGACAAGGAAGACAAAAGCGCCGCACCCAUGUCACUGGCCGCAGCGCUUGCGGGCGCCAAGCUUAAGAAAACCUCCAACAAGAUUUAUGAUGGCACAGAAGGUCAGCGAAAGUCGUCGCAGGGGGGCAGCAGUGCAGGGGUCCCUACGAUGGCAUCUAUGAUGGACGAGAUGAAAGGCACUCUGGCCAGGAGAAGAGCCCAAGCAGAAAAUAGCCAUAGCCAGCUGAUUGAAGUAAGAACUGCGGCAGUGUAUCACUUUAUGCCCGACUUAGAUCAAGAACACAUGCUCUGGCCUUUGGUUGGCAUAAAUCAGCAUUGCAACAGGAGUUCCAUGAAAGUAAGUUUGCAAUCCGCGAACGGAAAACUUUCCAAUCCACGAACGAGAGUGUGGGAAAUUGAUGGCGAAUCUUCCGCAGAGAGGAAAAACUGGGAGAAACAGGGCACAACCAAUGGGAACAGCCCAAGCAAAGCAGGCAGCAACGGCGCCGAAUCUCCGCGAUCUGGCAGAGGCCAAAGGAUAGGCUCCUUGGGAGACAUUGAAUCCUUAAGAGUGAAUGGGGUGGAGCCAUUAGACCUGGAGAAAUUCAAGAAUGAGCUCCUAAACGAGUUCCGCAAGGAAGCCAACAAGCUGAAACAAGAUAUCAUUGAAGCUAUCAGAAUGGAACUGAACCGGAGAUAAGAACUGUGAUGGGGGCCUUCGCCCAACAACAUCCAAGACGGCCAACAGCCACUGGACAGUGUGGCCUCCAGAGGGGACUCUGAAGAUGUUUGAUUGGCACACGUGAACCGUUUACUGGAUUUUAUUUUACACUUUGUUGAUUUGUGACACGUUGUUUUGUUUACACAGAAUGAAAUGCAUCUGAUCUGGCAAGAUGAUCCGAAAAGAUGGCAGUCAUAGCGUCGCAUGAUUUCUUUUGGUACGGACAUGGAUUACAGUCAUGUCGAGCAUCGUUCAGUAUUUGAUGAUUCAAUAGCUCAUUAUCACCAAUAAUUUAUGUGCAUCACCGGUGGGAGCCCCCACGGGGGGGAGUCACCACCGAUAGUUAUCGUUAGUUCAUUAUGAAUAGUUUGUACCUACAUGGAGACAUUGAAACACUUGGUGGUCGGUCGUCCACCACAUUUGAUAAUGGCGUCCGCAAGUGUAAAAGAGUGGCGUCUUACGUAGCCAUGCAGUUUCUAGGGUGUUUAUUUGCCUCACAUUUUCUUUGCUUUUAGAAUGUUUCUUAGACUUUUUUACAUAAACUUGCCAUAAACAGACUUCCAUCACAAGCCGUGGUAUGUUUUUAAAUGCUUCGGGUGCUGGAAAGGAAGCGUGUGUUUUGCACGUGCGUCAUGUGUGGAAGAUGUGUUUCGAGGAAUGCCUUGAUGUUUCUAAGAAGUUUAUGGUCGUGCAGUGUGAGAGAGUAACGGUAAUUUUCUUUGUGUUUUUUGAGCCAAGCAGAAAUGUGGGAUUUUUUUGUGUGUUUUUUUGUUGUUGUUGCCAGGUGGCUAGCAGCUUGGUGUUGUGGCCUGCUUCCUCCUUUUUUUUUUCUCCUCUCUCUCUACACCCCUCUCUUUUAAUAUAUAUGUAAACUGUAAGUAAGAGCACAAUGUAUAAAGUUUUUGAGACCAGCACAUUGUUGCCAAAAUGGCUUUUUCUUGAGUGCAGUGCUGUGUACAUUUAGCUUUUCUUUUUGCUCGCUUUUAUGUAGCGCAAGGAAAUACGUACAGAAGGAGAAAAUAGUUCAAACUAGUAAAUGACAUACAAUACCAUGUGCACACUACGAAUUUAUGCCAAAAGCACAAAAAUUUAGAAGUAAUCCAGAGGCAAAGAAGAAACUCUCGGUUGAUGAUGCAUGUGCUGUGCCGUAAAUGAGACACUGCGUGUUCUUGCACUUAAUUUAUUGCUUGUACAUCUGUUGAUCUGAGACAUGUGCACAUUCAGAUAGGUUCCAUUUGUUUAUAAGAUGCACCCUCUUGUAACAGGAGUCUGUCCUCAGUUUUUUUGUUGAUUUUCCUCAAAAUCAACAACUGGCCAGGUUGGUUCUGAACAGACUCGAGCAUAAUUUGAUAAAAUUCCUCAAGUGAGUUUUCUUUUAAAUAAUAAGUUACCCUGUGUAUAUCUUGCUUCCUGUCUCGCUGGAUCGAGGCAUUUGCCAUUGUCACAGGUUUAUUGUGUGUGUAAGCCUACUUAUUCCUUUUUUUUUCCUUUCCUUUAUAUUUCCUUUCCUUUAUAUUCUUUUAUAUUUAUUUUCUUGUCAGCUGGUACUGUGUAUUUUCUCAAGUACUAGCGGUGGCUUCAAUACUAAUGUCAAGCUCGAUCUUUUGAUUAGACAAGGGGGACAAUUCCUUAGCCACGUAGUUAUACAUGUUGAGCAGUCGAACACACAGGGUGAUCUUAUUUUUUACUUAAGUCGCUCCCCGCUCACUCUACGUUGAGCGUGCGCGUCUUUUUUUUUUUUUUUCGCACCGAGGCGUGCAUUUAUACCACACAUUUUUCUGUUUUUAAAAUGUAUUUCUUUUCCUGUGAGAAUGAGUGUGCACGUGAAGUAUGAACCGUUUGUUCUUUGUAAGAGUGGAGAGACGUUGCGCAAGUUUUAGUGCGUUCACCGUGCCGACUUUGCUCGAUCGACGGUGGGACACAACAAAAGACGGCUGACAUUUUAACCUUCGUGCAAUUUGGUUUUGGCUUCCUAAUUAUACCACCCGUGCAAUGUGCUCGUUUCUUGUGCUCAAACAAAAGUGCUUCAUGAAUAUACAAACAAACAAAAAAUUCCCAAGUGACCUGUCUUCCUCAUUUAGUUCAAACUCUUAACAGUUGAGAAACGGUGCUGGUGCUAAACUCGCAGGAGAACUCAAGGAGUUCAAAGUGACCUUUAAUGGCUGGGCAACAAAAGUCUCUUCUCCAAAGCUUUUUUUUUUCUCCUGCUCCUUCUUUCAAAUGCUUUUUCCUUUGGUUCCUUCUUGUGGGCAAGAGUUUGUGUGCGAACAUUCCGAUACGACUCAUUUGGAGACAAAAUGACUCGAUUUCUUGUACUUGCAGAAUGUGCUUUUUUUUUUUUUUUUUUUCAGCCCUUGAUUUCACACAUGUUUAGGAAAUAUAACGGCAAGGCUGCUUACAUAUCAAGGUACUACGUCUCUUUUUCAAACCUCCCCACUUAUAUACGCUGUUGAGUGCAGUCGAUAAGCAUGUCGCGAGUCCUCGGAAUGUGUAUGGUGUUGUUAAUGAUGUAAAAUUUUAGUCUCUGGCAUUAUUUACUGCCAUAACAGCUGAUAUUAAUAGCACAAUUUUGUAUAAAGUUUGCAGUCUGUGUCUCUGAGCAAAGGAUCUUUUGUACCUCGGAGAAGCUAUGCAUCUGGAACACGUUUUGUUUCCGUGACGUGAUUUCAAGCGUGAAUGAGAAUGCUCACGCAACUGUCCUGUUUUUUUUUUUUUUUUUCCCUGGCAGUGUGGAAGUGUGGAAAUGUUCCUCAGUGUUAUCUGGGUUUGUGCAAGUUUCUUUUCGUCCUCUUGUUUUUUCUUUUUUUGUUUUUUUUAGCCAGUGUUAUAACCCAUCUUUAAUGAACUGAUAUGUGUGAAUAAAUUGGAGAGUAUAAGA